UGUCAGUGUCAUGUCUGCUGAGGUCGUCUGCAAAUUUGUUUCAGCAGAGAGAAAGAUAUGAUGGCUGCUCCAUUGACUGCUUAGAAAUGUCGCCAUGGCAAAAACCUGACAAUAUGAGUCUUUGGAAACGGACAGCUCUGGCAUUCUUUGGUCUGUUCCUCUGUCUCACUCUGGGAGACUUUCUUAUCAGGACAGAUAAGCAUGAGGUGGAUAAUAAUGGCCCUCGGUUCACCUCAAGACGCUUGAUGGCUGCAGAAGAGACUACAGAUGACUCCAGUGACCUUGCUCCUAUUCCUGUGGUGGAUUUCUGGAUUAGUGGUGACACUGUUCCCCAUCUCAUCGAUGGAGGUAGUGUGUUGAUGUACAAUUGGCACCUGACACAUACUGUAAAACCAGAGCACACAGCCAUCAAUGUAACAUUCAAGGUUGAUUUCCCGUAUUUGGCCUUCGAUGAGAGCUCAGUCAACAUCAGUCUCUCCAGCUACUCCUUUGAGAUGAAUGAGACUAGAAUAAACCCAAUGUUUGUCAACUGGAUUCAAGACCAAAGCACGGUUCAGAUAAAGGUUGACAUCUCAGAGCCGUUGUGGAUUAAUUUGACGGAACCAUGGAGGCUUCCUGACUGCUGGUGGACACCUGGUCAGAAUUGCUACAAGACCAGCUAUGAAGACUGUGUCUUCUUUGACACCUCUGAGGAGCAGAACUGGGAUCCUGCCUUCUGCUACCAUUUCAACAUCUCUCGGUGUCUCCCACACAACACAACCUCUGAAUGCUUCUUCGUCCAACCCUAUGAGUGCCUCUCUCGCCUCAUGGCCACCUUCCCCGACGAACCCCAUGAGCUCCUCUGCCCCGUCCAGCCCAACACAACCUGCAUCCAGGUGAAUGAUAGAGGUCUAUUUUUCACUCAGUAUGACUGGACGGUACCGACGAAAGCCCCGAUACUUGCGACGUUCAACAAGGAGUUCUGUAACAUGUCUACUGAGGAGAUAUGGACUUAUGAGGAGGAUCGUAAUGGCACCGUUUACACGGUGGAUAUAUUCAUCAGUGAGGACAUCGAUCGAGCCUGUCGUACUGUGCUUAUGAAACUGAAGCCUGUACCUGCCACUCCAGAGCCCACGUACAAUCCUUACAAGGAGCUCCCAACGACCUUAGACUACGUCCAUGCCAAGGAUUGCAUUAAUGUCAACACUACUAGUUUCUACUAUCCACCGCCGGAACCGAUAAACUGGCAAGAUUUUAACCUGACAGUGGUUAUCGUAGGUGAGCUGCCUAACUUUAUAGAUGUGAAUCAGAUUUUCUCACCAGUCCUUGCAACUACAAUCAUUCAACAAACUCGACCUGUAGAAGAGCAGAUAACAUCACUUAACGCUUCCUUGGACUACACGGUAAGGAGACCAAGCCUCCACCUCCAACCGACUGCCUCCUUCUCAGAGGUCAACUUUGCUCUGAAGCAUGAGCAGUUCUUCUACAGGCUCAUAAUCAGACAUCCCGAAGCUAUAAAUCAUGGGAUUGAGGUUACGAUCUCCUUCCCCGCCAUCGAGGGCAUAAUUCCCAUGGCUUUCCUCAACGUAACUCCGUGGUGGUCGAUUGGGGCGAACUUGGUGGCAACGACGAGCGGAUCCAUGUUUAAUGAGACUCACGAUGGGGCGGGUCAUUUUGUCACCAUGGACACUACACAGGAGGUGAUGACAGAGAAGAGGUUUCCCGGUAUUGUUGCCCACUUUGCAUCUUCCGAGGAGGGCUCUGGGAUCAUCGACGAGCUAGUUUUCCAAAUUGAACCCUUCAUCAACGUCAUGGAUCAGCGUAAUUCUGGUGCUGACAUGAUCAUGAUGUGGUUCUACUCCCGGGUGCUGACCGAGGUCCUUCCUGGUCAGCAGCUGGAACUCAAAGCCAAGGCGGUUUACAAGUUCACCAGGAAUGCCUUCUCCAGUGGCAGCUCUCCCAAAGUGAUGAUCACAGACCAACCGUUUGUUCCACUCAUACCUGCAUCUGACCGCACCCUGUCCCCAGAUUCUGCCGACCUUGUCCUCUUCACCUUUGACCUCUCUCACACUUUGGACUUUGACGUGAACGACAUCUGGAUGAACGUCUCCUGUCCAGAUCUUCAGAUCAUCCCGGGCACCUUGGAGAUGGAUUUCCUGGAACCGGAUAUGAACAUGACCACCAAUAGCUCCUCGGACCUGAGCUUCACAACGGAGACGACAUACCAUAUUCACCUGGUGAUGCUUGCUCCUGGGGUGAAUCUCUUGGGGAACCAGACCUUCCUGAUGUGGAAUAACUCCAUGUUGACCCAUCAAGAGAUCAUCUGUAAUGUGAUGCUGUCCUAUAGGAAGGGUACCGAGGCGCUGAUCCUACCCUACCUAGCGGGACACAGCCCGGCAGUUACCCUCCAGGGCAUACAGUAUGUACUCUACCCGAAAGAUCUAGUGGGACAGAACGACACCAUGUACUACAUGCCUGUUGGCUCAAACGCAACAUUCAUCCUCAAUGUUACAUUCUCAGAGACAACUACCAAGCUGGAUAUAAGACUGAAGAUGCCAGCCCAGGUUCUGGCUGUGUACUAUGCACAUGUGAUAUAUCAGGGUACCAGACUGACCUUAGAGGACCAGGGCACUAUUGCAGUAGAGACAACAAACAACCAUGUUGAUGAUUGGGACAUACCUGCGAGGACGGUCGUUGAUCUUGACUUUGGAAUGGUGGAGAAUCUCGCAGACAACAAGCUGGACAGUGCAGGAGACAAUCUGAUUCUAGAGUUCAAUGCGGUCUUGGAGAACACAACGGACCUCGUUUCUAGGGACAAAGAGCACACUCUGACCACGACGGUGUCGUACUCUAACGGUAAAGAUCUGGUGCAGGAGGCUACGGUCCAUGUGUGGGAGCCUGAGAUGAUACUCAUGUAUAACCUGACAAAUGAAACGCUGGCUGGUGACCCUGAUCUGGUGCAGGAGGCUACAGUCCAUGUGUGGGAGCCUGAGAUGAUACUCAUGUAUAACCUGACAAAUGAAACGCUCGCUGGUGACCCUGGUGACGUUUUCCAGUACUCUCUUUACCUUACCCACACGGAACCCUCCCAGACACCCGCCCAUCACAUCCUAAUAGAGAUCUAUCUGCCCUAUAUGGCAGUCUACCAAGACUUCGUUCCUGGCAACCUCUCCGACCACGUACCCAAGACUCAGAUCAUUGAUGAGCUUGGGAUAUAUGAAGCCGAUGGGAAACUCCAGCUCUAUGUGUUUAAGAUGGCUGUCGGGGAGAUCCUCGAAGGGACUUUUCUAAUUCAGAUAUCCACCAAGUUGACGGAAGGAAUGGCCCUGUUGGCCACCUCCCAGUACCACAUCUACAGUUUCUACCAGUGGGGUCGUGUGUACCAUUACACGGCAGUCAGUGACAACGUCAUCAACAUCCGCAAUGCUACCCUCGUCUUCGAUGGUACGUCCCAUCCACAGACACCGGAUAACACGGUCACAAUCAACGAGCAGGUCAUGUAUUCCAUGGUGAUCCCCGUACCCCCGAUCCCAAGUAAUCUCUCCGUUACUAUCCACCUCCCGCAGUUUGAGGUUUCCUUGAAGACGUGGGAGGUCUUGAAGCUCCGGGAGGAGCAGCCUCGUCGCCCGUUUCCAAUCGAGGGAACCUUUGUGAGGCAGGGUUGCUUCCCCAAUCAGACUGUCAUCACUGACGCUUGUUUCUGCGCGACGAACCCCCUAUCGGGUAAUGGAACGUUCUACAGGGUGUAUCCUGAUUGGUUGGAAACCUGUAGGGAGAUACCAAAGGAGAACUGCACGGGGGUCGAUGUUGAUGGAGGGAUUCGGUCGACAAGGAAUCAAACGGUGUGUAAUGGGACUAGUAUGAACUGCACCCAGUGUGGUUACAAUAAUACUUCAAAUUGCUCAGUUACUAACGACACUUAUGCACCUGAAAAUAUUACAAGUCAAACUGAGGUUUGUGUUUAUGAUGAUGCGUCCUACGACAUCUGCUUUAAGACUGUCCUCAAAGGGUGUCACCUUGAUGCUAACUUAACAACUCAAUGGAGUCAUAUCUUUAGUCGAGACAGGAACCAGACCCAAUCUCAGGCCACACCCACCCAACACCCAUCAACCAAUCAUACAGCCCCAAGCCCCACCUAUGCAAAUGAGACCACUGUCAAUCAGAGCCAACCGGCCAAUCAAACAGCUGAUGAACACACAACCCCAAACCCUAACUAUGCAAAUGAGAUCGCUGUCAAUCAGAGCCAACCGGCCAAUCAAACAGCUGAUGAACACACAACCCCAAACCCUAACUAUGCAAAUGAGAAUGCUGUCAAUCAGAGCCAACUCACCAAUCAAACAGCUGAUGAGUAUACAACCCCAAGCCCCACCUAUGCAAAUGAGAAUGCUGUCAAUCAGAGCCAACCGGCCAAUCAAACAGCUGAUGAGUAUACAACCCCAAGCCCCACCUAUGCAAAUGAGACUGCUGUCAAUCAGAGCCAACCGGGCAAUCAAACAGCUGAUGAAUACUCAACAGUCCUGUCCUGUGAGGAGUUUGCAGAAGUGUAUUGCCAGGCAGCCAGUCUUCACCACUGCAUCCUGCCUGAGGAUGUGUACAAUGAAACGGGUGCUAUGGAUUGGAAUGCUACCUGUGCUUGUACUUAUUAUGAACCACCGCCCCCGGCACCUCAACCAACCGUGUUUUUCAACGGCACAAAUGUCACUGCUACGGAAGAUCCAUACUUGACGUGCAGAAGCCGAGACAACCUCGAACCUCUCCAGACGUCACCAUCCCCAAACUCCAGCAAUUCGACAUCAGCGCCCUCUAUGCUUGACGUAUGUGAUGAGGAAGAGACGCUUCUUUUGGGAAUGGCUUCUGUAGUCCACACUGAAAUCUGGUCCACCAGAGAGGGCAGUGUUUGUACUUUCAUCGGUGGGAAUCUGCAUAGUCCAUUCCAACCCGGUGUCUUCUACAUAUCCGAGCAUCUACCGGCCAAUCUUUCAAUGGGUGGCAGCACAAUCAGAGUAACUGUCACCAUGGUUAUACUCGAUCUUCCCGAUCUAUCCCGCGGGGACGUUCUCCUGCUCAAUGCCACCUCCGCCUUCUCCUACCUGAGUUACCCCGUUCCUCCAAGCGACAUCUUCCGCGAGAACUGCACCUGUCAGAAGCUCUUGGAGGACCACCUGGACGCGGAGACCCCUAAGGAAUGCUCAUGCGAGACCUGGCAUCUGCAUAACAUGACCGAGGACGUGUGCAAUUGCACCAGUUACUUUCACAACGAGGACGCUGGUUUCGAGAAGCGAUACUCCUGUAACUGCAUCAACUUCUGUUUCGGAGUCUUGAGGUACUUCUUAAAUCCACCACAUGUGGCCACCUUGGAGGAAUUUGAGGUUGACUCCUGCGAUUGCGUCGCCUUAAAUGCCACCCUCUUGGCUCAGGGUCUGACAUCGCCGCUACAGCACCAUGUGGACAGCUGUCUGGUCUUGUACCAAAGGAACUACACCUGCACUAACCUCACAUAUACCAUGACGCACCACACAGUACCAGUCUCGGUUAACUGCGCCUGCGAAAACACAACUGUGGAAGGUGUCAAGCGAACCCCGUGCUCAUGUGAUCCUGAUGGUCUAACAACCAAAAUCCAGCAGUCAUUUAAAAACAAAGUGACUCUCCUGCAGUGUUUGAACUGGACGAUAACAUCGGACAAGGAAAUGUUCCAGCAUACGUUUAAUCGCAGUGACUGCUCAUACGGCACAGAUCUUGCUGCUGAUGCUGGAAACCAGACUAGUACAGUUGCACCCGUCCAAACAACCUCAAGCAGCACACAUAAUGAUAGCUCAACAAACGCAACAACACAACCUGGGUUCGAUUGCUCUUGCGAGAUCACAUGUAGCAUUCACGUUGAACAGGACUGCAUAGGAAGCGACGAUGAACAAUGCUCUAAUAUUGAGCACACGCACACCUUACCUCUAGACGACAGUAUGUGCAAAUGCCACAAGAUCUACAACGAUCCAUGGAAUAUAUCAGACAUCAUGGAAUGGUACCAACCAAAGAAUUACACCCAAGAAGUCAAAAGCUUUCCUCAAUUUGAGAACGCAAGUCUUUCAAACUCCUCAUGGUUCAAUAGUACAUUUCUCAAUGGAUCAAACUCUAAUAAAACAGUCAACUUAACCGACAUUAACACCAGUAAUUUCACAUACGAGCUCGAAUGUGAUUGUAUUGAUAUUGAUAAAGUUGUGUAUCACGUCAGCCCUUCGUAUUGUGUCGAGCAUCAUGCGUAUGAAGUAUUUGAUUGUGACUGUUUAGUGCCGCCUGAUAACGAGACUCAAUUCAUCCUUGAUCAUUGGGACCACAACGCUACUAUCAUCGAUCAAAUGAUCACCAGAGCCUCCCAUGAGGUGAUCAUCAUUGAGCCGUCACUCCAGAUUACAUUUACGCGUCGACCAGAACCAAGCAUCGUGGACAGCAUCGAUCAGGUCAUCUUCGACUUCCAGAUCUCCCACACGGAAGAAUCUGACGCGCCUGCUUUCAACGUGACCCUGCAGCUUGACGCUGUCAACUUCACACGCAAUACAGGCGCGGCUAAACUGGUACCAUCUUGCGCUCACUCAGACCUCUGCGAUGUCACUUACGACAAUUUCAUCGGUCGAUUUCAUCUACCCCUCCUCCCUGUCGAUCCUCCGGGUGCCGUCUUCGAGGGAAUGUUCAACCUCUCAGUUGGCAACCACCUUGACUUUGUCGCCAAUUCUCUCAUCACCGCUACCAGCAUCGCCUGGUAUGACAGCAGUAUCGUUGACUUCCCAGGCCGACUCUACCCCUCGAUCGCCGCCUCGGACACCGUCCAAAUCGAUGCGCCAACCAUCUCCACCUCCCUGGACUUCACAACGGCCAACACCCGCUAUUUUUUCACCACCGAGCUCGGAGACCCUCCUAAGACCUUCUCAAUCGGCGACUACGUCCGCAUGAAGGCCACGCUGUGGAUUCCGGAAAUCACGCUUCAGUUUCUGAACUUCUCAAUCGAGGCUGUGAUGCAGAAUUUCACCGCCGGUAGCGCCCAGUGUUUGCUGUCACAGAGGAUCUAUAACCGGAAUGAUACGCCUUCUGUGUAUCCUGAAGUAGACAUUACAGGAAAACUCUUCCCGGGAUCCCAGUACAACAACUGCCGAUUCCUGGAUACUGGAAUCUCUGUCACUCCAGGAGUCAUAGUGAACGAAGCAGACAACAUUGCCGACGAACAAGAUUUCAUUCAUCUCCUGCUGACCUUCCGUGUCGAAGAUGAACCCUACUGGGUACAGGGUGUUGAGGUCCCCUUCACGAUGUCCGCUACGUAUGUCAGCGACUACACCCGUACCCCUGUGCUAUUGGUUGAUGAUAGCAUAGUGAUGACGGUCGUCGAACCACAGUUGAGUUUGAGAGUUGAGUUGUUAGAUCACCCAUGGCAGAUAGAGCAGGUAGUAAAUCAGGAGGCUGAGUAUACGUGUAAUGAGAACACAUGCUGUGACUCUGAAGAUUGUAAUGCAGGCACUACAUGUAUUACAGCCACUGACUCCAUAGAUGACUGUGCCACGGCAGAGUGCCGCUGUUAUUCUGGGUACACAUCCAAUGAGCUUGAGGGGUGCACAGCAGUUGGUAGAACAGCCGGUGAUAUCCUCAACUAUGGGCUGACUGUCACACACCAUGUUGACUACACAGGUAGGUGUCAAGGCACCAAAACAUAG